CUCUGACUUUCGCAGUAAGAUUUGGGAGAUCGAUCGCGAGUUGAAUCAUGGAAUUGUAUACGAAGAAACUGGUAGAGGAACGAUUUUUAAACAUGGGCAUAAAAUUUGGAUGGUUUGAUCAGCCUAGUUUGCGUGGGAAAAUUGAAAAGCUGAUCAAAUUAUCGCAAUCAAAUGGAGACAGAGAUGGAAUUGUUACAAAGACGGAAUCAGUUGGUCUGAUCUCUGACCACGGAAAAGAAAUUGAGGAGGAGGACAAUACUUCAAGCGUGAUCAUGUAUUCCAACGAUGCAGACGACUACAGUGAUUACGUAAAUAUCUGUGACGAUGCCUUAGGAAAUACCUCAAAUGUAAAUCAAGAAUCCUCAACUGACUCUCAGCUUUGCGAAAAAAUGUAUUUUUCUGAAAACAAUGAUCUAAUGAGUGGCACACUUGAACACAGUUUUGAGAGGGACAGUUCUGGGUUUGACAUGACAGAACAAUGCAUUCAAGAGGGGUUGGAGAAUGCAAACGGAACAGCAAGCCUUGAAGGCUUCAAAGUUGAGGAUUCUUGUUUUUAUAACAACAGAGAGGAAGGCAGCACUGAAAGUGAUGCUAACGGAAACACAAAUAGCAAUGAUGAUGCUGAUGAUGAGUUCAAGUACAGAAAUGGUAAUGAUGAUGCGUUGGAUGAUGAUGACAAUGCUGAAAGGUGUGAUCAGCUGAAGGAUGAUUACAAAGACAUUAUAGAGGCAAAAUCACUCAUGAUUGUAGAGGAAGGCUGCUCAUCUCUCUUAGAUAAUUCCUUGGAAGUUAGUGACAGUUGCAGCAGGAACUUAUCAAGGGAAUUGAUCAGGUCCCAGUCAAGGGAUGACUGCAGCUAUGUUAGCACCGAAAAUAUCAGUUUAUCUGAUAGUCCUGCAAAAGUCAGCGAGUUGUCCAGACUUGAUGAAACUGGUUCCCAUUGUGGCAGUAAUGAGCCUUGUGACAACAACAGUGUCCACAAUGGACUAAGUAACACUGAAGUUGACGAUAUUGAGCAUAAUGAUGAUGUUGACGAUAAAGAUGUACAAUGCAACAACAUAGAAAAAAGACAAAGAGAAAUGUUAAACUCUGUGACAGAUGAUGAAGGCCAAGGUGCUUUGUCAAUAGAUUUAAGCAGGACCACACUCAGAAAUGGUUGCAGCAGUUUUAAUAACAACUCUGAAAAUAACAAUAGAUCUUACAGUCCUGUCGAGGGUGUUGAUCAUGAGCUCUCCAAACUUCAAGAAUCCAGCUCCCUUAACAACACUGACAGCUACAGUGAUAGUCAGGAAGACAACAAAGACCACACGUGUUUAAACAAAAGCAAUGAUGAUAAGUGUAAUGAUGAUGAUGAUAGGAAUCUCCUGGAUAGUGAAGAAAUGCAAGUUUUAGCAAUAUCUUCUGCAUGUGACUAUGAUAGAAAAAGUGAUAAUGAUGAUGAUGAUGAUAAUGACUUUGAUGGGGAAAGCAUGGGUACCAUUAACUGCAGUAUUGAAGAAACCAGUCCUGUUAAAGCUAGCCUAAGUGAAAGACUGUUGAACAAGUAUAAUCCAGAGAAAAGUGAAAGUGAUGAUGUAGAUGACUUUGAACAGUUUUUACAGAAUAUCCGGACUCCCAAACAAUCAGGAUUGUUUGCAAAAGAGAGAAAACCAGAAUCAAGUCUAAACAUGUUUAUUGUGGAUGAUGAUGAUGAUGAUGAUGACGAUUAUAAUGACAUCAUCGAAGCUCAGGACGAUGACGUAUUUUGUGACCCUGGUUUCACUCCUGAACCUGGCGAAUUCUUUGAUGACGACAAAGAAAAUGAAGAUUGUAUCGAGUUAGCAACACCAGUUGCAGGUAAUGCACCUUCAAAGACUUCAUUGACCAGCUUAUCCAGGAAGGCCGCCACCCAUUCAACCCCAAACCGUCCUACGUUUCAGACACCCUCGACAGAUUUCUCGUGGAGGACUCCUAAAACCAAACCCAGAAAUGACAGUGGAUUGUUAUCAGCUAAACCAUCUCGAUCCAAAAGCGUGUUGGAGAAUAUCCUUACCCCGUUCUCCGCCGAGAAAGAUUUUAAGAAGAACAAAGAGAAACUUGUGAGAGAUCUCUUUGAAUUGUACAACCGAACAGUCUUUGAUAACCAGCUGCCGUCAGAUUUCCAGAUAUCAUGGAAUUCAAGAAUGCGCAGCACUGCUGGCUUCUGCUAUUACAGCAGGAAAGGCAGUCUUCGUAUGGCCAGGAUAGAAUUAGCAGACAAAGUUAUUGAUUCCGCAGAUCGCUUGCGUGACACACUAAUACACGAGCUGUGUCACGCUGCCGCCUGGAUGAUUAGCGGGGUCAAAGCUGGUCACGGACCCGUUUGGAAAAGAUGGACAUUACGUGCAAAUCAUGUCCAUCAAGACUUGCCGCCGAUCUCGCGGUGCCACAGCUACACCAUCAAAGCCAAAUACACGUACAGGUGUACCAAAUGUGGGAACACGUUUGGCCGUCACUCUAAGUCAGUAAAUUUGGAGAAAAGUCGAUGUGCUUAUUGUCACAGCCGUUUGGAGCUUGUUCCACCGCUGAAGAAGGAUGGCACACCACAGAAUCGCACUCCUAGUCGAUUUGCCAUGUUCGUUAAAGAAAACUACGCUCGUAUCAAAAGUGGCCAUGAAACAUUUUCUCACCAGGAUGUCAUGAAAGCUUUGAGCACGGAGUUCUCCAAACUAGGCACAUAGCAUGUUAGGGAACAUGGUAAUUACUUACAGAAGAUCAAAACAUUUGCCUCGGGCUUGGUAUCCUGUGACAUAUCUGGUAUUUCUGUGGCCUAUCGCUCGCUAAUCAUUUAGCCUGCGAUAUGUAAAAAGUGGUGAUCUCAUGUCCGUUCUUAGUUGAAUAGUGCAUGGGAAUAAGACCUUUAUGUUCUCAACAACGUCAUUCGAUCAGGGCUUGACAAACCAUGGUCAUUUUGGGACAGGUCUCGAUUGUGUACCCUGGUAAGGGUUCUCGUAAAACGUCGCAGAUUUUUCAAACUUUGCAAAAUUAAUCAAGCGAUGAUGCAGACUUUUUGUCGGAAUGAAAAAACUGAAAAAAAGUUUCUUAGCGUUUGAAGUGGUUCAUUUUACGCGGGAUCAAAAUGUUUCGCCCAUGGCUUAUUUCAGCAUGUAAGGCGCCCAAACGUAUGCGCGGAUUUAGUAGCGCAUUCUAAAAAUCUUUCAGUGGUUUCCCAUGAGAAUUAAUUUUAAGGCCAUUGUUCGCUGUGUUAUCGAUUUUCAUUUUCUCGUAACUAUACAUCGAACGUCGACAAAAACAAGACCUUGAAGAUUAUUUUAUUACAUUAAAUUAA